AUGUCCAACCUCAGCGCGUCCGUGCUGCCCAGCCAGCUCGCCAGCCUCGAGGAGCGCAUCAAAGAGUCCAACGCCAAGUACAACCUCCUGUCUAGCCGCUUCGUGAACGAGGUCGCGGCCACGAUGGGCGACAAGGUCUCCAUCUACACGCCCAAGCUGCCAGAGUGCGUGCGCCCGUGCUUCGACAGCCUCCAGUUCAUCGCGGACCUCCCG